GCCACGCCACGACCAAGUGCUUCGGGAACAUGACCGAGUACGGCUGCUACUCCCUGGGGGAGCCCUGGACGUCCGAGGCCAGGCCGAUCUCGCAGUACCCGGAGCCACCAGAAGUGUUGGACGUGCUCUUCUGCCUGUACUCCAGGAGGAACCGAACGUGCCAGCUGCUGGAUGUAACUGAGCCUGCGUCCAUCUACAGAUCGUCCCUGGUGCCCGGACACCGGACUUACCUCUUGGCACACGGCUUCCUCGAGAGCGGAGAGAAACCGUGGCUCCAGCUCAUGAAGGACCGGCUGCUGGAGCGCGCCGACGUGAACGUCAUCAUCGUGGACUGGGGGCGGGGCUCCGGGCCGCCCUACAACCAGGCCGUGGCCAACACCCGCAUGGUGGGCUACAUGGCGGCGCGGCUGCUCUACCACAUGAAGAUGUACUCUGGAGUGAACCCCGAGCUGUGCCACUUCAUCGGCCACAGCUUGGGCGCGCAUUUGGCCGGCUACGCGGGCUACCACCUGAGGCAGGACUUCAACCUCAAACUCGGCCGCAUCACCGGCAUGGACCCCGCGCAGCCCCACUUCAGCAACACGGACCCGCUGGUACGCCUCGACCCCACCGACGCCGUGUUCGUGGACGUGAUCCACACGGACGCCAUCGACCACGUGACGGGUGGCUUCGGCAUUGAGGAGCCCAUCGGGCAUCUGGACUUCUACCCGAACGGCGGCAACAACCAGCCGGGCUGCGAGCAGAACAUCCUCAGUUUCAUAUCGAAAGAGGACGGGAGCCUCUUUAAAGGUAUCAAGAAGUUCAUCGGCUGCAACCACGUCCGCGCCCACGAGUUCUUCUCCGAGACCAUCCUGCGGGCGCACUCGUCGUGCGGCUUCUGGGGCGUCGAGUGCGAGAGCUACGACAAGUUCCGGAACGGGUCCUGCUUCGCGUGCACGGCGCCGGGCCACCACCACCACGGCAACAAGGGCGCGGGCCACGGGCUCGCGCACGUGCACAGCGACCACGGCCAGGCCGGCCCGCUGUGCGCCAGGAUGGGUCUGGAGGCGGGCCAGAAGAGGUUCCAGAACGCGGGCCGGCCCGUGCGGCUGUACCUGCUCACCGGGGCGGAGGCGCCGUUCUGCAGGUGGCUGUACCUCAUCACCGUGCAGCUCUCCUCCAGCAACAAGUCAGUCAUCGACGGCGGCGAGGUCGGCAAGAUCAACGUGUCUCUGAGGGGCGACGUGGGGGUGGCCAAGGACAUGCACCUGUACGACAGGGAGACCUACCUUGCUCCUGGCAGCCUUCACCAGAGGGUCGUGUCAGGUGCCAGGGUCGGCACUGUCCAUUCAGUGACCAUCACGUUCGAGUACGUCACGUCCUUCAACCCGCUCACCUGGCGAUUCUUCGAGGUCACCAAGAUCCACGUGGCGUCCAUUACCGUCGAGCCCCUCAGCGUCCACGGCCACGAAAGACUCAAGCUGUGCACGAAAGACGACACGCUGAUGUCGGGCAAGCCGGUAACGCUGACCCGGGCAAACGACUGCGGCUGAUGUGGUCAGUGGGUUGCCGUCAAAAGUGUGACGCAGUCCGAAAUCCGCGCUGCAGGACGGACACCCGUGUGUUCGACUAAGUCUAAUGUGUGAUAGUGGGUGCGCUCCGGUGAGUCGAUGCCAUGAUACUGCCUUAAGUAAUGCGUGUAAGUCGCAAUUUGGAACAAUUUUGCAUUAAGGGUGGGUCAAGCGCAUUCCCUCAGUACAAGUACAAAUGAAUGUGACGGGCGGAUGUAGGUGAAAGUGUUGACAAGUCCACUGCAGUGGAAAACCGUGAGGGGGAGAAGACUCUUCCCUGACGGGGACAGGGCAGGAUGUACAUUAUGCGGUUGUGAGAACCAUGCGAUUGAGUAGAUCAGGGUUAGUAUUUUCAUGUCCGGUAAACUUAGGGUGAUGUGUUGUCCCGACCAGUUCAAAUAUCAGUAUUCAUGCAAAAUGGGACAACUAGCAGUGUAUUUAUCUCUCUGAUAUCAAAUACAGUAUUUAUUUAUGUUAUAAU